GAUGUUACACACGUAACAAAAAAAUCAGUACAAAGAAGCAUAGGAAUUAAGUGUUAAAGUUGAGAAAUAACCGAAAAUAGGAACAGAUUCAUUCAAUAGGUAGCACGCAAGGAAGUGACGACAUGUUGCCCCACCUGAGCGCCGACGAGGGACAGCCGUCCAUGACGCGGAAGGUGUACAUUAAUCCCAAUUUCCAACUGCAAGGUCAAACUGCGCAUCAGCUGCCCUUCCAAAUGCCCUUCCAGGCGUUCCAGGCGCCAACGCAGCCACCGCCCGCGAUCCACAUCAAUCCGCACUUCCUGCAGCGCCAGCGGGCCAUGUACGAGCAGUUCCAGCGGGAGCAGCACGAACAGCUCCUGCGGCAACAGGUUUCCGCCUCCAGUUACCAACAGAAUCCUCCCCUUCCAACGGUUCCAGCUCUGGUCACGCCCCCUCCCCCGCCGCCCGCCAAGAUCAUCAGCAAGGCGAGCACGUGUCUGGUGCGCAAGGCUCCGGUGAAGGCCAUUCCUGCUCCUCCCCCAGUUUCCACCCGUGUGCAGCCUCCUUUGGUAAGCAUUUCCAAGCGGAAGAUUGUACGCCAAGGUGCUAUGAAGACUGCGCCAGUGGUCUCCGCCCCCCAGCCUCCUGCACCUAGUCCAGCUGCCAAACGCACGAGGUACAAGCUAGUGCGCUCCAUAUCGCUCACCUUUACGCCGCUGGUCAAGAAGCGUCGGCCUCUGCGGGAGUUUGUGGGCCAGUACGCCCUGAGACGGACCAACGAGGCGGAACCCAGCAAGAAAUUGAGCGCCAAGCCACAGGUGCUAAAACUAGGCAACAACAAGUCCCUCAGCAUGGUCAGCAUACACGGCGUGAUGUACAAGAAGAUAUCGAAGAACAAGAUAACCAAGCUGGAUGCCAGUGCAGCGAGAAUAACGAAAUCAGCGAGCCCGAGGACCGUGAAACGUACCCUAACCGGUAGAACGCUAUUCGUCAGCGGCAAUAAGUUCAUUCUAGAUCCCUCGGGCUGUCGACUGACAAGAGUUCCAGCCUCGGCAGCUGCUGCUCCCGCGAUGAGCGUGAACCGUAGCAUCCUGCGACGCAUCGACAUCGGUGGCCUCACUUAUGUGGCUUCACCAAAGACCCAGAAUGUCUUUAUACGCACCUCGAAUCAUGUGUCGCGAGCCCACCUGAUCACCGCCAGGCAGCGAAGUCUGACGCUGCUCAACAAGUCAUUGGUGAAGACCAAUGUGCCUUGUGCCAUCUUCCAGAAACUGGGCAAGUGCGCCGCCCACAGUCGCGGCAGGUGUCGCAAGCUGCACGACAAGCGGCAGGUCGCCAUCUGUGUCAGCUUUCUGCGCGGCGAAUGCACCAAACCCGACUGCCUGCUGUCGCAUAAUGUCACCCUGGAGAAGAUGCCCGUCUGUCGGUACUAUUUGCGCGGCGUCUGCGUCCGCGAGGAUUGCCCCUAUCUGCACAAGAAGCUCAGCCGCAAGGCCGAGAUCUGCAUUGACUUUGUGCGCGGCUACUGUCCGCUGGCGGCCGAGUGCAACAAGCGUCACGAGUUCGCAUGCCCGGAAUUGGAGCGCCAGGGCAAGUGCGAGUUGUCCAAGUGCGUAUUCUGCAAGAAGGCGCCAUCCAAGCGGUUUGUCAAUUCCCACCCCAAAAAGGGCAGUAAACCUGUGGCCAUCCCGGAGAUCCCGAAGGAGCCGGCCAAGGAAGAGGAUUUGCCCACCAGUUCGCGGUACUUUGGUGGCCAUAAGGAGCCGGCGGAAGCAAUAUUACCAAAAGAGAAGGAAGAGCUUGAAAUGGAGGAAGAAGACCCCGCGGAGUCGGGAUCCAAUCGACUCCAGCGACGACCACAACUGGGGACUCUGCCCGCCUUUAUUCCCCUGGGCGGUGAAGAGGAAUUGUAAAUGCGAGAUGACUUGGACCCAACGUUUCAGGUACAAAUUCAUUUGGUUAAGUAUCGUAUUAGCGUUAUUCUAAGAUAUAUUUUACUAGUAUACGUUCAAGAUUUAAUAAAAAAUAAAAAGACCAAUUUACUAGCGUAA